ACAUGCAUUUAUAAAUAAAUAUGUUAAGCAACGUAAGAUACGUGUACAUUUCACGGAUACCGUGGCGAAAUUUAGAAAUGAUUCAAACGAAAUCCCCUUUGUUAGUAAAUGCGAGCGGGAAAAGCUCUUACAAAAAAUACGCCAAUAUUUGGGUAAUACUUCUUCUAGCCAUUACUGGCGUUACUUUGGGUUUGAUUAUUGGAUUGAGAAGUAAGCCGAACAUUCCAUUAAAACUUGGUUAUGGAGCUGUUGUUUCAAAUGGUGAUGGCUGCGCAGAUGUUGGUGGAGGGAUCUUAAAUAAAGGGGGCUCUGCAGUGGAUGCCGCCAUAGCUACAUUGUUAUGUGAAGGUGUUGUGCUGCCGCAUAGUAUGGGUGUAGGUGGCGGAUUUGUGGCUACGAUUUAUUCUAAGGAGAUGGGAAAAAUUGAAACAUUAAUCGCGCGAGAAACGGCUCCGGCCGCCGCAGAUGAAAAUAUGUUUAUUGAUAGAAAAAUUACAGGCGCUAUUGCCGCUGCUAUACCGAGUGAAAUAUAUGGAUAUUAUUGUUUGCAUGCCAAAUUUGGCAAAUUGCCUUGGAAGAUAUUAUUUGAACCAGCAAUUGAUUUAUGUUUUAACGGUCUUGCAGUAUCAAAAUAUUUGGCGCAGGUACUGCAGCUAUAUGGCGACCACAUACGAAAUGAACCCUCAAUGGCUGAAAUUUUUAUUAAUCCUGAUACCGAUGAUUUGUUCAAAGAAGGUGAAAUUAUGUACCGUAGGAAAUUGGGUGAAACGCUUCAGAUUGUAGCUGAAGAAGGUCCAGGUGUGAUCUAUAAGGGAGGCAGAAUUGGUAAAAAGCUUGUACAGGAUAUAAAAGAAAUGGGUGGAAUAAUUACGGAAGCAGAUUUGCAGAAUUACCAAGUUCGAUGGGAGGAAUCAGUGGAAGUCCAUUUUGAGAAUGGCUUCACCUUGCACACAACUCCUUUGCCAACCAGUGGCGUUGUGCUGGCUUUUAUACUUAACGUGAUGGGAGCCAUGUAUACUACAAAUGAAACAGUUUUUUGGCAUCGUUUGGUUGAGACUUUCAAGCAUGCAUAUGGACAUCGAACUUCUCUGGGCGAUAUUUACUUUGAGCCGCACGUUACUGUAAACUAUAAUAAAUUGCUUGAUGUAAGCUUUGCUGUGGAGUCUAGAAAGCUUAUUUCGGAUGAUCUAACCUAUGCUGAUUUCGCCCACUAUGGCGCGAACUUUACAAAUGAAGAGGAUCAAGGUACAGCAAAUAUUGCGGUCUUGGCACCGAAUGGAGAUGCAAUUGCAGUAACGAGUACAGUCAAUAGCCACUUUGGCUCAAAAGUUCGGUCGCGUCAAACGGGUAUAAUACUUAAUGAUGAAAUGGAUGACUUCUCCACUCCAGGAGUUAUAAACGCUUAUGGCAUCCCCUCAUCGCCGUCUAAUUAUAUCAAGCCCGGGAAGCGUCCUUUAAGUUCGACAUGUCCUAGCAUUGUGCUGGAUCAAAAUGGAGAUGUUAAGCUAAUGGUUGGUGGUGCCGGUGGAUCUCGAAUUACGACUUCUGUUGCACAGGUUAUAUUACGGUAUUUAAUGCUGAACAAUACUAUACAGGAGUCGCUUGAUGCUGGUCGAGUACACCAUCAGCUGGCACCAAUGCGAGUGGACGUAGAGCCUGAAGUAUCAGACACCAUUAAUAAUUAUCUGUUAAAAGUUGGACAUGAAAUUAACUACCUGUCUGGAGACAAAACAUACUCAGCCCUAACUGCUAUCGGCUUAAAGACUGAAGUACCUCAACCCGCUUGUGAUCGUCGUCGAGUAGGCAGUUGGACAAUUAUUAAUUCAAAUCCUUAGUGUUUAGGUUCAAUUUUCCUGUGAACUUACCCUUACGUCCA